AUGCUAUCCAGUGUGCGCCGCCACAGCCUCCGCCUGCAGACCGAGCUCCACCGCUGGAGCAUCUGCGACCCGGGCAGCCACCUGCUCCCGGACAGCCUCCUGGCGCGCGUCCCCGCCUGCAUCUCCCGCUCCAAGUCCUGCAACAGCUCCGCCGGGGAGUCGGAUGGAAGCCGCGGCAGCUGGUCCUCCUCGGACUCGGUCAUCUCCACCGACUCCUCCGGGGAUGCGGCGGAUCCCGGGAGCCCGUACCGGGUGGUGCUGCUGGGGGCCAGCGGGGUCGGUAAGACGGCCUUCGCCAGCAUCUUCGCCGGGGCGGCGGACAGUAUGGACAGCGACGACUGCGAGCUGUGUGGAGAUGAAGUGUGUGAAAAGGAAAUUGAAGUGGACGGAGAGCCCGUCACGAUAACUCUGCUCGACACUUGGGAUGCAGAGCCUGAUAAUGAAUGGGCCCAGGAGCGCUACAUGCAGACAGGCGAUGCCUACCUGCUGCUGUACUCCAUAACCGACCGGACCUCCUUCCUCAGAGCCUCCGAGCUGCGGAUAAGCCUCCGUCGCUUCCACCCUGCCCACCACACGCCCAUCAUCCUGGUGGGGAACAAGUGUGACCUGGUGCGACGCAGAGAGGUGUCAGUUAGUGAGGGUCGUGCUUGCGCCGCUGUGUUUGACUGCAAGUUCAUCGAGACGUCGGCCGCCAUGCAGCACAACGUCUGGCAGGCCUUCCACGGCAUUGUGCGACAGCUGCGUCUUCGCCGAGACUCCAAAGAAGCCAACAAACGUCGCAGGCACAUAAACACGCGCAACGGUCGACGCGAGAGCCUCCCCACAAAGGCCAAACGCUUCCUGGACAAGAUUGUAGCGAAGAACAACCCCAGUGUGGCGUUCUGGCUAAAAUCCAAAUCCUGCCACGAUCUCUCCGUGCUGUAG